AUUGUGCCAAUCUGUUGGUCUCAGAUUUGUUUACUAUCCGACCUCGCCGAUUGUGUAACCCCGAACAGUGGCUUUUCCGAAAAAUGUAACUGAAACAAAAGAUUAUUCUUAAAAUGAGUCACUUUUUACCCCGCCCAAAGCUUCUCCAGUGGAACAGUGCUAUUCCCCUCAUUCGGCAGUACUCCUGCUUCCCACAAUCGGUAUCCGAUGCUGACAAAUCAGCCAAAUUGCUGCAAGGCUGGAAACAGCCGGUGCCACUGGUGUUUUCCAAUGGACUUUUCUGGGAGCGGGACCGGAAGGGUGGUUACGACACCAAACCGAAAGUCUCCCGCAUACGAAUGAUAGUGGAUGGAAUGAAGCAACUACGUCAGGAAUUCAAACUCUUCCAGCAGGAGUGGAAAGAAAAAAUCGCGAGCGAUGCGCUAGUCGUAUUCCGGCCGGGGGAAACCGAUGUGGUUUUCAAUUUCGAAACGGAAGAACAGUUGGGCAAGUGGAACGUGACCACGGACAAGGAUCACAACGAGGGCUUCACCGAGGCAAAGUUUGAGCUUGGCCCGAGUGGGUUUGGGCUGUUUCAUGGGAACCUAGAGUCGAGAGUGCCGAAGGAUGGGAGGAUCAAACGGUCCGGAUAUGCGAAUAUUAACAGUCAGAGAAUAAGGAAAUCUUUCAAGCGCGACGCUUUCUACGAAUGGGAACAGUACAACACGUUGGUGCUGAAGGUUCGCGGAGACGGACGCUCAUACCUCAUUAAUCUCGCUUCGGAAGGUUCCUUCGAUAUCCUGUGGAAUGACAUUUACCACUUCAUACUGUAUACUCGGGGAGGACCUCACUGGCAGAUUGUUCGGAUUCCUUUCUCAAAGUUUUUCCUGUCAUCCAAAGGACGCGUCCAGGACAUUCAGGGCCGGGUUCCGUUGAAUAGGAUUACCAGCGUGGGAUUUUCGGUGGGAGCGAGAGGAGGUCACGAUGGUCAGUUUCGACUGGAAUUUGACUACAUCGGAGUCGAAUUCGAUCCAGCCAAUCAGGAAGAGUUUGCCUAUGAGAUGUAUAAGCAGCAAAAAUAUAUCGUUGGCACCUAAGUACAAAAUUUAUUUAUUUGUGUUCAGUCUUCGAUGAACUCCUACAGACUAAUACUAACUUAUGCUAAUAAUUUAAGUCUAGGUACAUAUAAAACAUUGUCGACCCUAGAGGCGAAUGAACUGCAAAGUUUAAAGCCUCUCUAAAUCAAAGAACUGAAUUGAAUUGGCAGGAACUUUGAGAAUGUGAUACUUUGAGAAAACUACUCACAUAUACCAAUGCUCACUUUGAGCAGUUUAUUCGUAUUCAGAAAUCCAGAAAUAUCAUUGCUUCGUUUAUUGCCUAGUCAAAUCUUUGCCUUGCGUGCUUUAGCUGAAGCAAAAUGAUUCACAAUUGCAUCUAAAUCAAAGUCUGCUAGCGAUUCUACACCGCGUUUCACAACUAGAGCACCACUCAUUUUCGUGAGUUUCCAGAGAUAAGUAAGAACUAGGAUGAAUUGAAGUAUAUAGUGAUAGGAUAUAAUAACUAUCUUCAUUUAAAAGACUGGCCAUUUUAACUUUACUGUUGUGUUCAGGCGCGAAACAUUCUAAAAACUAAAAUUCCAGUGUUUCAUAACUAUAGAAUCUGAUGAAAAAUAAAUUCACUCAUUUACACAUCAACGUCAAUUUCACAUGAAUUACAAUAAGUUUCUAGUUCGUGAGUCAUUCUAGUUCUCAAUCAGUUCAAAUAAUCCAUUCAGGGUGGUUUUGACUAAGUUGCGCCAUGUUGUAGUGUGUAUUUCGUUCUACGCAGAAGAUACUGCUCGUUUAAGCUCUUCAAAUCUCUCAUACUGCUUGUAAGCUGCAUCUACUAACAAGUUGACCAGUCCAGAAUCUGAAGUCACUAUUCAAUAAAACCAUGCCUUGACUUUCCGCAUUUUAUGGAUGGAUGCCAAACAAUCCAAUUAUCACGUUGUUUUUGAUGUAAAAACAGAUGUAAAUGAUGUUGGUAGAACAACGAACGACCCACCUUGUGCAUUUGAACAUCUUGUGUAUGCGCACGGUGGCAUCAUAGCAAAGCGAGAGCACACCAUCAGCCUUCUGCUGUGUGCUUGAACAAUCAUGUUCAUUCAAAAAUUAGA